CAUUCCUUGGUUCUGUGGCUUCAGGGCCCAGUGUGAGUUUCGUUCUGGUCCAGUCCGGGAUGAACUGGACGGAGGCCCAGAGCUUCUGCAGGAAGCAGCACUCGGACUUGGCCAGCAUCAGGAACGAGUCCGAAAACCAGCAGGUCCAGCAGCUGGUGCCGGCAGGAACCAAAGUCUGGACCGGACUGUACCGAGACGGCUGGAAGUGGUCGGAUGGGAGCCGCUUCUCCUUCAGCUACUGGAAGGACACCGAGCCCAACAACAACAACAACAAUGAGAAGUGUGUGAUGGCCGUGUUUGACGCUCAGGGGAAAUGGGAGGACUGGCCGUGUGACGUGAAGAAAGCCUUCAUCUGCUCCACCUCUUUUGUUUUUCAGAAGGUUGUGUCUGUGAGGCUGGAGAAACCCUUCAGCCUGGAUCUGAACUCUGCAGCAGUGAAGGAAGAGCUGCUGAGUCAGCUGCUGCUGAAGCUGAAACAGGAAGGACUGACUGCAGACGUGAAGCUGAGCUGGAGGAAACAGUCAGACGGAAACGUUUUCCACAAAGUGAAGGAGAAAAAUCCAAUAUCAGUCUGAGAAGAUCUGCUGCUUUCUUUAUGAAGUUAAUAAGCCUGAUUAUGUAACGUUCAGGCAUUCAGCAGUUAUAGUUAUUAUGUUCCCUUAGAAUUAAUAAAACAUUCAUUCAGGCAUUAAAACAAACAUAUUUAGUUGCUAGAUGUUGGUUUGUUGUAUUU